AUCCGCCUCUUCGGCUUGCCGGGUUUUCCUUGGGGAGAUUCGGCUCUGGCGUCGCCUGCAGAGAGUGGAUCCCUCCCUUCCCUCCAGGGGGGCAAAGGGGGAUCCCUCCCUCCCCGGGCUGGAUCUGCGCCCUCCUCGCCCGGCCAGGGCUCCCCGCGGGGCUCCGGGUGGAUCCGGGAAGGAGCUUUUGGGGCAGUUGCUUUCUGAAGGUCUCUGUGUGGUCCGUCUGAGCAGGAGGCCUCCGAACAUCUGUUUCCCUCCAGUGCAGUUUGAAAAGGGAGCGAAGUGUAGCUUUAAAACGUUUAUUAAGAUUGUAAAUGUGAUAUUGUCACAGCUUGACAGGGGAGAGCGGGGGAUGUUAGGAAAAGAAAAGAUUUAUUUCAGGGGUCUCCAAACUUGGCCCUUUUAGGACUUGUGGACUUCAACUCCCAACUUCAACGCUGGGUCAAAAGUGGAAAACCAGGGAAACAACUGUGACCAAAGAUUCACCUGCAAGUCAACUUUCAAGAGAUAGUAGAAAAUUGGCACAAGGCAGCAGCCGCCAGAACUCAUGGAGGGCGGGAAACUCUCGGAUCCCCCGUCAGACACAAGUAGCACUCUGAAAAACCACAAAAGAACCCAUGAAUGCUCAGAAUGUGGGAAAUCCUUUGCUCGCCGGUCCCUCCUUUUGAACCACAGGAAGGUCCAUGUAGGAAGCGGAUCCAGUGAAGGUUUGGAGGGCGAGAAAUUCUUCUCUGGAAAAAACCCCGAAGAUCUUAGAAGCCCCCCCAAAUUAAGACUCUAUAAAUGUGAGGAAUGUGACUUAUGCUUUGGUCAAAAGUCAAGUCUUCUUAUACAUCAGAAAAUCCACACUGGAGAGAAACCUGACCAAUGUCUGGAAUGUGGGAAAAAUUUCCGUCAAAAAACCCAUCUCAGAAACCACGAGAGAAUUCACACAGGGGAGAAACCUUACAAGUGCUGGGAAUGUGGGAAGAGCUUUUCUCAGAACGCCAGUCUUUGGGUCCAUGAGAAGAUUCAUGCAGGAAUAAAAUCUUACAAAUGCUUUGAGUGUGGAAAAUCUUUCACCCUGAGCUCAUCUCUUCGGAGUCAUGAGAAAAAACACAGAGGGGAGAAAAAUGAAAAGUGCCUCGAAUGUGGGAAGUGUUUUACCUGGAAAUCAAGCCUGGUGCAACAUCAGAGACUUCACACCGGAGAGAGACCCUAUGAAUGUCUGGAAUGUGAAAAACGAUUUAUGUUUUCUUAUGAACUUCAGAGACAUCAGAAAUGGCACAAAAAAGAGCUAUCCUAUAAAUGUGGGGAAAGUUUUAUUUCGCCGGGAGAAUUUCAGAUUCACCAGAGAAUCCACACAGGGGAGAAGCCAUUCAAAUGUGGAGACUGUGGGAAAUGCUUUUCCCGAAAACACAACCUUGGAAGUCAUCAGAGGCUCCACACAGGAGAGAAGCCAUACAGAUGCCUAGAAUGUGGGAAAUGUUUUGCUCAAAAGGGAGCCCUUUGGGAACAUCACAAAAUCCACACAGGGGAGAAGCCAUAUCCAUGCUUUGAAUGUGGAAGAUUUUAUCGUACCCUAUCAAUCCUUAGAAAUCAUAUAAAAGUUCACACGGGGGAAAAAAACUACAAAUGUUUAGACUGUGGGAGGACAUUUGCUAAUCCAUUUUCCCUUAGAAGCCACAGCCGAAUCCAUACAGGAGAGAAACCUCACAAAUGUUCGGAGUGUGAUAAAUGUUUUUCUCAAAAAAAUACUCUUGUGAUACAUCAGCGAAUCCACACUGGAGAGAAGCCAUAUAAAUGUUCGGACUGUGGGAAAUCUUAUACUCUUCGUUCGCGCCUGAUCGUCCACGAGAGAACCCACACGGGCGAGAAACCUUACACGUGUUCGGAGUGCGGACGAAGCUUCAGCGUCAGCUCCAGUCUCAUCGCCCACCGGAGAACCCACACAGGCGAGAAGCCCUAUAAGUGUUCCCAUUGUGCGAAGAGUUUCAGCGUGAAGUCUGGGCUGAUCGCCCACGAGCGGACCCACACAGGAGAGAAACCCUACAAAUGCUUGUACUGCAGCAAAAGUUUCCGCCGCAAUUCGGGUCUCGUGAGCCACCAGCGGAUCCACACCGGAGAUAAGCCAUACCAGUGCUCAGUGUGCGAGAAAAGCUUCAGCGACAUCUCCAACCUCAUUACCCAUCACCGGAUCCACACGGGAGAAAAACCCUACAAGUGCUUGGAGUGCGGGAAAAGCUUCAGCCAGAGCUCCUACCUCAACAGCCACCAGAGAAUCCACACGGGGGAAAAGCCAUACGAGUGCGCCGAGUGCGGGAAGACCUUCAGCGUCAGCUCUCGGCUCCGGAAGCACCAAAGGAGCCACACCGGAGAAAGACCCUUUGUCUGCUUGGACUGCGGGAAAACUUUCAGCGAGAGCUCCGAUCUCCUGGCCCACGAGAGGGCACACACGGGAGAGAAGCCUUAUCGCUGCUCCUUUUGCGGGAAGAGUUUUCUCCGCAGCUCUGAGGUAGUGAGCCACGAGAGAAUCCACACGGGCGAAAAACCGUACCAGUGCGGGGAGUGCGGGAAAAGCUUUAGCGUCAGCUCGCGCCUGAGCGCGCACCGGAGGAUUCACACGGGGGAAAAGCCAUUCCAGUGCAUGGUGUGUGAGAGAAGCUUCAGUUACAAAUCCCACCUCAUUACUCACCAGAGAAUCCAUACUGGGGAGAAACCGUUCCAGUGCUCCAUUUGCGGGAAAAGUUUUCGGGGCAGUUCCAGCCUAGUAGCACAUGAGCGGACUCACACCGGAGAAAAGCCAUACCGGUGUCUGGACUGUGGGAAAAGCUUUACUCAGAGCUCAAACCUCAUUAGUCAUCAGCGAAUCCACACAGAAGGGAAUUCUUGAGAUCUCCCUCAGAUGGACCUCUGUGGAUCCUCAGUGGGAUCUCGCUGUUCCGAAGGAGACGUCGGUUCUUCGGUAUUUCGCCGGCAGUUCCACCUCUUCUUUAGAAGGGGUGUAUUUUCAGCAAUUGUGCAAUAACAAAGGGUUUUCUCUCCAAACACUGAUGUUACAACAAACCGGCCGGCGUGUGUGUGUGUGUGUGUGUGUGCCCAUCAAUCCAUCCAGACCAAAAUAUGGGAGGUUUGGGGAGGUGCUGAUGGUACGAUGCCUGGAGAGUUGAUCAGAAGGGUAAAUAGACGAUCAUCCCUUCUGUUCAGAAUCUACUUUGGAUCUACACUGCAGGGCUGGUGCAUCUUUGUCCAGAAGGAAGGAAUCUGCCAGGUGUGAAAUAGAACGGGAGUGUCUGCAAAGGAGGACUUCCAUUUUUAUUUUUAUUUUUGAGAUCUGAGAUCUGACUGGUUGGCUUUUUAGCUCCUGGAGAACCUGUAAGAACUAGAUGAGGAAAUUCUAUUUAGAACAGGAGAGACUUCUAUUUUGCGGGAAGCAAAAUAGCACCCAAUCUCACGUUUGAAGUCAAGGGCCGCCUUUUUUUCCCCAAGCAGAGAAAUAGUAAAAGGAGUGGGUGUACAGUACACAGGUUCCUCAUCUUAGGCUUAAUAUCUAAAUUUAAUUACAUAAUUAUUUCAGGAGGAGGGUUCUACACCCCAACAAUUCCGUUCCCCCCCCAAAAAUAAGGUCUCUGAUUUUAGAAAGUUUAGACCAGUGGUUCUCAACCUUUUUAAUGCCGAGACGUAAGUCGAGGACUACCCAACCGGUUGUACG